AUGGAAUACCUUGGUUUGUAGAGAUCUAUGGAAUACCUACAGGAAGUUGAAAUCCCCAUUUCAACUUUCAUAUCUGACCGCCAUACUUCAAUUUGUAAGCAUAUGAAAGAAAAAUUGGAUAAAAUCAAACAUUACUUUGAUCUAUGGCAUUUAAAAAAAAAGAUUACUAAAGUUUUGACAAAAUUAUCUAAGGAAAGUGGCGGUGAGGUAUUGACACCAUGGAUAAAACCUUGUAGUAACCACCUUUACUGGAGUGCUUGCUCUACACAUGAUGGCAAUGGCGAAGUUAUGUGGGCAAAAUUCAAGAGCUAUCUUGAUCACAUUGUUAACAAACAUGAAGGUCUAGAUAACCCAUUAUUUGACAGGUGUCAUCAUGGAAGGGAUAUUCCACAGAGAGAGUGGUUGACGAGAGAUUUAGUGGUGUAUGAGAAGCUGGUAAAAGAACUGACCAAGACAAAUCUAGAGAAGGCAAUCAAGAAGGCAUCUCCCAUUGCUCAAACUAGCUGUCUAGAGGGGUUUCACUCCGUGGUCAACCAGUUUGCGCCAAAAAUGAUUGCUUACUCCUAUGCUGGGAUGUAUUGCAGGCAUGUAUUAGCAGUUCUUCACUUCAAUUCCAACCUUCAGAGGGAGGUCAGACAACUUGAUGGUGGUCAAAAGCAAGUAAAAGUCAUAUGGCCAAAAUUUAAGAACGGGGAAGCCACAGUGCGAGAUGUACGAAUUGAGCCAAAUUUUGGUGAGUAA